AUGUAUGUAACAAGGCCUCUGUCUAUGUAUAGAAGUUCUCCUGAUUCACUGUCACUACCAACACCGGAAGGACCAAACUCCGGUUAUCUAGUACUCCAUGAUGAAGAAUCCGAUGAGACUUUAUGUUUCGGAUGUUGCAAAGAUCCUCAGGUGCAAGGCUUGCCUUUCCCUCAGAAUAAGGAGCUCACACUGAGAUAUUCCAAAAACUAUAAGGAGUGUCUUGCCUUCAUUCCUGUUCUUGAUAAGCCUUUAUCUGCGAAUACAUACUAUGUAAUACGCCGGGAUGGGAGGCACAGAGGGAAAGUGUACACAAAUUCAAAGGAAGAGGACAUGGCAGAUUGUUGUUGUGGGAAAGCUAUUCAAGAUGUAAAACUAAAGCCAUUGGAUCCAUCAGACUUGUAUCAGCAAAUUGAGAUAAUUCCAAGGAAGAACAGCGGUUACUUUACUGCCAAGGCUGUUGCUUCAGAUGGCUUACCUCCUUAUGGUUUGAGGAUGAAAUAUUGGAGAGUCAAUAUGGAAACACCCCAUUGUUACCAACUAGGUGCAGCUCCAGGACUCGAUGCUUCGAAGCGAUCAGGCCUUCCUGGAUUUGAUUUUCCAUUGUCGAAAGACUGUUCUGAGGCUAUGGUAGUUGGCAGAUGGUACUGUCCUUUCUUGUUCAUCAAGGAAGGCGGACUGGAGUUGAAGCACCAGAUGAAGCAAUGCAUGUUCUAUGAAAUGAGACUGGAGCAAAGAUGGGAGAGGAUUUUCGACAAGUACAAUGAAGGAAACAGCAACAAUGCCAAUGCUGUGUUUGUGGAUGCAUUUGUUCAAAGAGAGGCGGUUCUUGUUGCUGGAAGUGAAGCUUUCUAUGAUAAUCAUGACACAAUAAAUGUAAUUGAUGACGGUUUCAUGUGGUUUAAGAGCUAUGAUGGUGUUGGGGGAGAGAGGAGUGUAGGUUUGAGCUUGAAAAUUGUUGAGAGAAUGAAAUGGGAGCAAGAAAGAGUUGGAUGGGUUGAUGGGAAUGGAGGGAAAAUGAGAGUGGAGAGAGUAGAAGAGUUUAAAGGAAAUGGCAAGUGGAAUAAAUUUGCUUGUUAUGUGUUGGUGGAGAGGUUUGUGUUGAAGAGAAUGGAUGGAAGCUUAGCACUAUUGACAUAUGAUUUCAAGCACACUCACCAGAUUAGGGGCAAAUGGGAAUGA